AUGGCAGCGGACGGACAGUGCUCGCUCCCCGCUUCAUGGCGGCGGGUGACCCUCACCCACGUCGAAUAUUCCGCAGGUGAUCUUUCAGGCCACCUCCUUGCCUACCUGAGCCUCAGCCCCAUCUUCGUUAUUGUUGGCUUUGUGACACUCAUCAUAUUCAAGCGAGAGCUUCACACUAUUUCUUUCCUGGGGGGUCUGGCACUCAACGAAGGGGUCAACUGGCUAAUAAAGAACAUUAUCCAGGAGCCCCGGCCCUGUGGAGAUACGCACUCCAUGGUGAAUACCAAAUAUGGAAUGCCUUCCAGCCAUUCCCAAUUUAUGUGGUUCUUCUCAGUCUACUCCUUCCUUUUCCUUUAUUUAAGAAUGCAUCAAACAAACAACGCCAGAUUCUUGGACUUGUUAUGGAGCGUGCUCUCUCUGGGCCUCGUGACAAUAGCCUUUCUUGUCUCAUAUAGUAGAGUGUAUUUGUUGUACCACACCUGGAGCCAGGUUCUCUAUGGAGGGGUUGCAGGAAGCAUCAUGGCUGUCGCGUGGUUUGCCUUCACACAGGAGAUCCUCACUCCACUGUUCCCCAGGAUAGCAGCCUGGCCCAUAUCUGAGUUCUUCUUAAUUCGAGACACAAGCCUCAUCCCCAACGUCCUGUGGUUUGAGUAUACGGUCACCAGAGCAGAGGCCAGAAACAGACAGCGAAAGCUGGGUACAAAGCUACAGUGAGAGUGCUUGGGCGUGGCUGUGCCAGCCCCACAGAUCUGACUGGUAGGAUGCCGCC